CACACACUGACUGGAGAGUCAGGCGCACUCCCUCCUGCCAGGAAGUUGUUGGUAUUCGGGAAAUAACAAAGAGACGAAACCAGGUAUUUUAAACGCAUCGAAACUACACGAGGGUGGUCCGUGUAACGUAUACGGGGUUCUGGUAUGAACUGGAGGACUAUUAACUAAUGGAGGACUAAUCGAUGGAGGCGGACAGAAGUUUUGGGCUCGUCUGGGUCCUGCUGCUGCUGUUGGGUAUUACAGCCACUUCAGGGAGAGAAGUAUGUGUUGGGACCGAUAUGAAGUUGGCUUUACCCUCCAGUCUUGAGAAUCAUUAUGAAAUGCUCAGGCUCCUGUACACGGGCUGCCAGGUGGUUCAUGGUAACCUGGAGAUCACACACCUGCAGGGAAACCCAGAUCUCUCCUUCCUGCAGGGGAUUGUGGAGGUUCAGGGGUAUGUGCUGAUAGCUCACGUCUCAGUGCGUUCAGUUCCUCUGGACAAUCUGCGGAUAAUACGAGGCAGUCAGCUUUAUAACUCCAGCUAUGCUCUCGCUGUACAUAACAACAUCCACCACAGUCAGACGGACCUCGGCCUGACACAACUACGCCUUAAGAGUCUUACAGAAAUCCUGCUUGGCGGGGUUUAUAUUUGGGGAAAUGCUCAACUGUGCUUUCCUCAGAAAAUUAACUGGGAAGACACUGUAACUAAAACUGAAAACAAACUACUGCACCUGCAAGAAACGCCAAAGAACUGUCCUAGUUGUUCUCUAGCUUGUCCUCAAGGCCGUGGAUGCUGGGGAGAAACGGAUCAGGACUGCCAAACAUUGACCUUUGUGCUUUGUUCAUCUGGCUGUUUGCGCUGUAAGGGUCCGAAACCCAGCGAUUGCUGUCAUGUGCAGUGUGCCGCUGGGUGCACGGGGCCAAAAGACACAGACUGUCUGGCCUGUCGUCACUUCAAUGACAGUGGGACAUGUAAAGACAACUGCCCCCCACCCACCAUCUAUGACCCCAACACAUUUCAGUCCAAACCCAACAAGGACAAAAAGUUCAACUUUGGAGCCACUUGUGUUAAACAGUGUCCUCAUAACUAUUUGGCAAUGGAAGUGGCGUGUACAAUGGUCUGUCCCAAAGCGAACAAGGAAGCCAUUACUGUUGAGCCAGAUGGCAGUGAAACACAGAAAUGUGAAAAAUGUGAAGGAGAGUGUCCAAAAGUGUGUUAUGGACUAGGAAUGGGAAACCUUCAAGGGGUGUCAGUGGUGGAUGCCACCAACAUUGGCAUGUUCUUAGGUUGUGAGAAAAUCUACGGCAGUUUGGCUUUUCUAUCAGACUCCUUCAAAGUAAAUGCAGCUACCAAUUCAUCUGGACUUCAGCGGAGCGACCUGGAAAAGUUAAAGACAAUAGAAGAAAUCACAGGAUAUCUGUACAUAGAUACAUGGCCAGAUUAUUUGCUUGAUCUGAAUGUUUUUGAGAACUUGAAGGUGAUCAGAGGAAGAAUGCUUUACAAGGGUGUUUUCUCUUUGGGAGUUCAGUCUUUGCAGAUCAAGUCUCUUGGGUUGCGUUCCUUGCGCAGUGUCAGUGGAGGCAUAGUACUGAUUCAUAAUAACUCCAGACUGUGCUACACCUCCUCUCUGCCCUGGAACUCACUGCUCCACCCCACACAGGGACCCAACCUCAUCAGCAACAACAACCAAGACCAGCAAACAUGUGUUUCAGAGGGGAGAGUAUGUGACCCCCUGUGUGCAGAUGCAGUCUGCUGGGGGCCGGGACCCAGUCAGUGUGUGUCAUGUGUGAAUUACAAACGUGGGACGGAGUGUGUGCAGCAGUGUAAUGUCCUACAGGGGUCAGUGCGGGAGUUUGAGGAUGGAUUAAACUGUGUCCCUUGCCAUUCAGAGUGUAAACCAGUCAACGACUCUGCCUCCUGUACAGGCCCAGGUCCAGAACACUGUAAGGAGUGUUUGCACUUUCAAGAUGGAGACGUGUGUGUCGAGCGCUGUCCCAGUGGAGUGAAAGAGGACCAGCACACUGUGUGGAAGUACUCCAAUGCUACGAGACACUGUUUGCCCUGUGAGACCAACUGCACCAUCUCAUGUCCACUGGAUGAUAGAGGGUGCCCCAUCCAAAAGAAAACUGGGCCUGGGACAACAGUCGCGAUCACAGUUGGUGGAUUAUUGCUUUUUCUUAUUUUGCUGGCGCUUCUGGUGUUUUACCUGCGACGACAGAAAAACCACAAAAGGAAAGAAACCAACAGGAGAAUUCUACAGGAGCAUGAGCUGGUGGAGCCUCUGACCCCAAGUGGAGCAAUGCCAAACCAGGCUCAGAUGCGUAUUCUCAAGGAGACUGAACUGAAGAAACUCAGAGUGCUGGGUUCUGGAGCCUUCGGCACAGUCUAUAAGGGUAUCUGGGCACCUGAUGGAGAGAAUGUCAAGAUCCCAGUGGCCAUCAAAGUUUUGCGUGAGAACACCUCACCCAAAGCCAACAAAGAAAUCUUGGAUGAGGCAUAUGUGAUGGCGGGUGUAGUGAGCCCAUAUGUUUGCCGUUUGUUGGGUAUCUGUCUGACAUCAACAGUUCAGCUGGUUACUCAGCUCAUGCCGUACGGUUGCUUACUGGAGUAUGUCAGAGAGAACAAAGACCGCAUCGGCUCUCAGUACCUUCUCAACUGGUGUGUACAGAUUGCUAAGGGAAUGAGUUACCUUGAAGAUGUCAGGCUGGUUCACAGAGACCUUGCAGCUAGGAAUGUUCUGGUCAAAAACCCGAACCAUGUGAAGAUCACAGACUUUGGGCUUGCUAGAUUGCUGGACAUAGAUGAGAAGGAGUACCACGCUGAUGGGGGAAAGGUGCCAAUCAAAUGGAUGGCGCUUGAGUCCAUAUUACACCGGAAGUUUACACACCAAAGUGACGUAUGGAGCUACGGGGUGACUGUGUGGGAGUUGAUGACCUCUGGCAUGAAGCCAUAUGACCUCAUACCAGCGCGGGAAAUUCCAGACCUACUGGAGAGGGGAGAAAGACUCCCCCAGCCGCUCAUCUGUACCGAGGAUGUAUACAUGAUCAUGGUCAAAUGUUGGAUGAUCGAUCCUGACAGUCGACCACGAUUUAAGGAGCUGGUGGAGGAGUUCAGCAUCAUGACACGUGAUCCCCCACGUUAUGUAGUCAUUGUGAAUGAUGAUCAAAUGAGUUUGUCAAGUCCUGUUGAUAGUGAGUUCUUCCGAACACUGCUGGCAGAAGAAGGGGGGAAUGUGAAAGAGUUACUGGAUGCAGAAGAAUACCUGGUGCCUCAGCCCGGUGGCAUCUUCAACACACAAGGAGAAAUGAGAGCCAACGGACCCAGCAGACACCACUCUCAUCGGAGUACAGAUCAAGUCUUAGAAGUAGAUGGUAUGCCAAAUGGGAGGGAAUUGUACUCUUCUGUCAGCACGCUGGGGCAAAGUCAGUACUCAACUGUGAGGGCAUCAGCCAGUGGCAUGUGGUCUGGUACACAAUACCCAUCUCUGGUACGGAGCAUAUCCCACCGUUCAACUGGAGGCCAAUCAGACUCAGUUUUUUUGGACGGUUAUGUGGAGGACAAUGGCCCUCCAUACAGUCCUUGUCGCUAUUCUAAAGACCCCACCGUCCCCAAUGGCAUCGAUGGAGAGCUGGAGACUGGUGGUCCUAACAGUUUCCUGUCACACACACUGCCACGUGGAGCACACACACAACCUGAGUAUGUGAACCAGGACGUCCCAUGUGGCCGUCCCAGCACCCUUCCGCGCAAAGCGAGCGAGAGGAGAUUCAUUAACGGUCUAUAUUCAGGGAACAGUGUGGAGAACCCAGAGUACCUGGUGCCAGUGCAUAACAUCUCCCACAUUUCACCCGCCUUCGACAACCCCUACUAUCAUGAUAUCGCAGCUAAAGCUCAGGCAGUGGCCAGAGCCUCCAUAAACGGGGGUAUGACUCACAGGCAGCCCAAUGGCUACAUGACCCCCACAGCAGAGAACCCAGAGUACCUGGGCUUAGCAGAGACAUGGAGCGGUCAGACGGAGUAUACUUGAGAGAAAGCAUUCGGUACAGUUUGAGUGCGAGCGUGAGCGAUGAGGUUGUGUGCAUGAACGAACGAGUGAGUAAAAGACGUAUUUUGUGAAGGAAAUGGUUUCUCAUGGCUUUCGUACUAAAUCAUUAUAACUAUGUAGCAUUCAGUACUGGAGUUGGAACUUGAGGAUGGAUGCAUUUCCAGUCUGUGCCAAAAAGUCAGCCUUCUGGCAAAAACAUGGUACCUUUUUUUUUUAAGACUGCUUUAAUGAUGUUAACACUGGAUAAUGUACACUACACUAAGGACUUUAUUGGGAUUUUUGCUUUUGGUCAUUUCGUAAAAAUAUGACUUUUUCUGGAGAUUCAGUUCAAUUCCAAGCCAGGACCAUACACACUGCUUUCCAGAGCACUGCGUGAGAGUCGGACGGGAGCUGGACACAAUCAAAGCCGCUCUGUUCUGUGUGUAAAGGCCCUGGGUGAGCAGCUACAGUGCCAGUGAAUGAAAGACUGACAUUAUUGCCAUACGAAAUGGGCGUCAUGUGUUCAGCAACGACACUGGCUCUGAAGAUUCAUCAACAUUUCUUUUCUGUGACAUAUCCAGGUUUUCUCAUGUGUUUGGGUAUUUUUGAAAUUCAUUGUGUUUGAGCAUCGACUAUCUUCAUUAUGGGCUGGGUAACAGUUGUACAGAUGUAUGUAGAACAACAGGUGUCUAGGUCAUAUUGCACCCUGAUUUUAAAUAUUGUCCAUACACAAAAUUCUAAUGCCUAUGUUAAGAUGUUUGCUUAAGAUUAUUUUUAUUAUAAUUAAUUGCAUUUUCUCCCCAUAAUCUAGUUAGUGUGCAUACGAACUGUUGUUCAAAAGUUUGGAUUAAUACUUUUAUUCAGCAUUUUAUUAAUUUAUACUAUAAAAAAGUAAUUGUAGAGACUAUUUAGUAUGUUUAAAAUAAAUGCUGCUCUUUUGAACUUUCUAUUCAUCAAAUAAAUGUGAAAAUGCAUCAUGGAUUCCUCAAAAAUAUUAAGCAAGAAAAACGACAUUGUUAAUUAUUAAAAAAAAGUUUUUUGGAGCAGGAAAUCAGCAUAUUAGAAUGAUUUCUGCAGGAUCAUGUGAGACUGAAGACUGCGUAAAUGGCUUCUGAAAAUUCAACGUUACCAUCAAAGGAAUAAAUUACAUUUAAGAAAUUAGUGCUGUUAAAUGAUUAAUCGCGAUUAAUCCCAUACAAAAUAAAAGUUUUUGUUUGCAUAAAAAAUGUUCUGUGUAUAUUUAUUAUACCUAUAUAAGUACACACAUAUAGUAUACAUUUCUAAAAAUAUUUACGCCUAUAUUUAUAUUCAUAUAAUUUAUAUUAUAAAUAUAUUUAAUAUAAACAAAAUAUGUUUUCUGAAUUAUAUACAUGCAUGUGUGUGUAUUUAUAUAUACAUAAAUAUAUGCAGCACACAUACAUAUAUUAUGUACACAAAAACAUUUAUUUUGGAUGUGAUUAAUUUCGAUUAAUUGUUUGACAGGACUAAUUGAAACAGAACACAGUUCUUUUAUAUUGUAAUAAUAUUUCACAAUAUUAUUCACAUAUGUACACUGUAUUUUGAUCAAAUUAUUAUAUUAUUCCAAACCUUUGAACAGCAGUGUUUGUAUAUAUAUAUAUAUAUAUAUAUAUAUAUAUAUAUAUAUAUAUACAGUAACAUGCGUGAAUGGAGGAGCUCUUAAUUAAAAUAAAUGUCAUGAUGCCAAACGUCUCACUGGGACUGGAAGAAUUACAUUUCUUUCGGUUUGUUUUGGUCCUUUUGAUUUUGUGUUGAAAUUUGACCUGGAUAUAUCUUGAGGUAAAUAUGAUUAUCUCCCUGUAUGUUUUUUUUUUUAUUAUGAUGUUAUCUAAUGGAAUUUCUUCUUUGUUGUGAUGAAUACAAUGUGGUAUUAACUGAUGUGAAGGUGCCCUUGCUAUCAGAACGACGGUUUAUUUGUAAUAAGAUGUUGAAAUCAAAGUUUAACCCCAGAUAUGAUCAUUUGAAGUACAUAAUGUCUAUUGUGAUUAUUUUAUAAGAGCUUCUUUUAAGCACGACACAUCCUACUCAUUUAAAUUAGCCUCACAUGUACACAGAAAGACGGCUAACACUUGUGUUGUGUGGAGUAAAUACUUCAUGUUUAAGAAUGUGGUCUGAUUUCCAUAUAGCAGCGGUGGCCUCCGGCUGGACGAACACCCCUUCAAUGCCUCCAUUGUUCGAAAUGACAACGUGUGCCUUUUGUUAACUACCCGACUCUAGCAUCCAGUUAAUAUGUCACUUCUUUGAGGAAAGACGUGAAUGUUCUGUCCUUGCCAUGUCAAUACCAAUUCUUUGGUGCCAUUUAAUACAUUAUGCAGUUAUUUUCACUAAACCAAAUCUUAAAUUUCUGAUAUUUGAAAAUCUAUCAGGCUCUAACAGUUGAACUGUUGAUUUUCCUGAAUACGGAAUGAGAAACUUGGCUUUGGGAGUAUGUGAAGCAGUAGUCACAGAUGAUGAACUGGGGUGAGAGAGUGAUAUAAUGUGUGCUAAUGGCACUCCAGUGUGUUUCCACGUCAGCUCAAACAAUGACGGGAUUGUUUUUCACAGUAAGGGAUGGGGAAUUUCUUCCUUGUUUCGGCUUAGCCAACACAGUCUGCAUAGUUUUUUGGUCCAGGCUAUUGGUUCAGUUUGAAAAAUUUGUAGAAAUAGAUACAAAAUCAUAUAGGAGCAAUCAUUUUGAACUUCCUGAGCAAUGGGGAGCUUUUAUACUUUUCCAAUCAACUUUUUUUUAGCAAUUAUGUUUGAUGCCACUACUGAUGCAGAAAUAACAAACCUCCCCGUUUGACUUC